CGCUAUACAAAUACAGGCCAUUUACCAUGUAAUUUAAUAAAAAUGUGUCUAAUUUUUAAUUCUGCAAAUAUCUAAUUGAAGAAAACAUCUGAUUUGAUGAAUCUCCUGCAUUUAAAGUGGUUGGCAUGUCCCACUAUUGAACUUCUGCAGUAAAUAGUGUUAGCCUGGAGCACAUCUGUUCAAAGGGCUAAUCCACAAAAGGCUGGUCUCUGUGCGCCCACUGGGCAACCCCUUCAGCUGGCACAAACAAGCUGUACAACAAUAGUGUUGCUGAAGCUAGCGUUGGCCAAAGAGAGCUAGGCUAAGCUGCUCUGCUAAGCAAGCUGGUUUCCAAAGCUUCACUCUGGGUUUCCCCAUUAUCUACCCUGCAGUGUCUCUUUCUUCACUGCAUCACUGUUUUACUCACAUUUAUGUUUAAUUUCUCUGUUCAUUGCACCACAUGCCUGAUCAGGUCACUUUGCUUUGCUCUGUUGUUGUAGAAGUUCUGAACUCAGCAUCCAGCACCUGAUCUGGUCCAGAAGAAGCACACACAAAGGAGCAUUUGACCAAAGAUUUGUGUAGUCUGGUACAUUGUUGUGUAUGUGCAGCGUGUGUUCCAGCACUUAACAUUACGAGGUUUCAGCAGCCUAAUAAUAAGCAAUCUAAUAAGCUCAACCACUGUAUAGACUACGUAUAAGACAAAUGGAGGUUUGUAUGAAUAUGUGUCCAAACAGACUGAGUCUUUGUAAAAUUCAAAAUCACCAGUCAUUCAAACAGUAAAACAGUCAUUCAGUGUCCUAUGGUUUUUAAUGACUUCAUCAGUUUUAGCCCCCCUCUACUACCCCCUCUUCUACUACUACUCUUGGUGUGCUUGGAUCAGUGUCCUGUUGCAUUGCCUCACAUCUGACUCUACAAUGCUUUGUUGUACAGACGAGUUCAUGAUCAGAUCCUGUGGUUGCAUUCAAGCCCAAAUCAUCAGCGCCGUGCUUGAUAGCUGGUUUGAUGUGUUGGUGCUGUUUGUGGGGUUGCCACUUUGCAACACUAACCUGUGCUGCAUGUUCUCUGUACUGAACAGAGGCGUUCCCCUGGCAACCCUUACAAAGAAGCCACAAACUGUAAUAUUGUAUCGUAUGGUGGCUGUAAUGCUCGUUGAUGAUUAGUUAAGUCAUUUGAUUAGCAGCAGCUCGCUGCUCCUAAAGCUGUGGAACACAGCUGUGCUUUCUUCUUCUGCAUUUUGACUUAGUGCAGCAUGGCGUUAUGAUAUUAUAGCAGUAGUCCAUUUGAGCUUAUAGCUAUCUGCUAGAUGAUUUUCUUUCAUUAUAUGUAAAACCCGAGGAUUUAAAGAGGGUGUACUUUUUGAUUUUACCAUAACUUUAGUCCAGCCUUCAAAUCAAGAACGUCAUUAGCUUCAUUAGCUUUGACAGGGUGUCCAAAAUUAAAAGUUACUUUACAACCCUGUUUCUCAUCAGUGUGAAAUAAAUAAAGCUGUGUGACAGUGAUUGUAUUAAGUCAUGUGAACAAAAGCUGGGUGAUGUUAGCCUGUCCCAUCCCAGCAGAGCGCCUCUUGUGCAGCUCGUCUUCGUUCAGAGUGGAAGCAUUGCACUGACCGCUUCUGCAGUGCUGCUUUUCUAACACUGUGUAUAACCUUUCUCCGUCACUGUGAAGGAAUGCAAAAAAUGUUUGCUCAGCCUCCCCUGGUGUUGCAACACGGGCAGGCAAGCGUGUUCUUAUGGUGGACUUGAUCGUGCUCACAUGUGAAACACAGAGACUCAAACAGAGACGACUUAGUUCAGUCACAGAGAGGCUGUUACCUGAUAAACGGUGUUGAAGCCAAAUCACAGAUGUUUUCUCUUUAUUGCUCACAUCCUGAUACAUCACAGUUGCUUUCUGAACACUAUUUUCCUGUUGGAUCAGCAUACACACGUAUGUUGUCUUCAUGCUACAGGUGGAAGUGAUCGUUCUCAUGUCUCAAGCCCAGCUGAGGAAUCUGACGACAGCGUCUUUGUUUUUGUCUCAUUGUGUUUGAUAAAAAUGUUUUUGCACUGGCCCAGAGCAGAAAACUAACAGGGCUGAGCUGAUAGGCUGGCCUCAGCGCUCAGGGCAUUCACACACAUAUAGCAGCAGGAUAGUGUUAGCUAUUGGUAAGGUUUUUACUCUCGUCUCUGAGAAGUUGUUCAUAUAUUUAUUUUUCAUGUGGCCACCAAGUAGAUUAUUUAUUGUAACUCAUUUUGUUGCCUCAACCUUCACCAGAAGCCUUGAAUUUGAACGUGUGGCAUUAAACAGAAAAGGGUCUCAUGGUCUCUGUGAGCAGCGCUGCUGCUUCUGUGUCUCAGUAGAAUAAUAGUUAAAAGUUGUUUGGGGUCCACACAGUGAUGCAAACCAACAACACGAAGCAUUAGAGCUGAACUGACCCAACGUAUGUCCAAAGAAACAAACAUUACUGUUGGCUGACCUUCAUAUAAUGAUCGUUGUGCUUUCAAUAACUGAAUAAUUAUCUUUGUCCAGCACAGUUUUGAUCUCACAGUCCUUUUUUAUGAUGGAGUAAAAUAACAUUGUCACAUACGCUCUUCAGGCCGUGUCCAGAAUCAGGGCUGGAAGUGUCAUGCAGGAUGUGCUGCAAUAGGCACAGUCACUAAAAAUAGAGGUGAGCUUUAUAUUUAGGGUAAAACGUGUUGCCUGCAGAGCAGGGUGGUGCUGCUGGAGUCAGAGCUUGCUCUGCCAUCUUGUGGGCAGCCAGCUGUAACUGCAGCGUGGGUGCAGACGGUGAAAAGCCUGUCAUGUGAUGUGAUCCUUUCUCAGUGAGAAACAUUUGAUGCUCAACGGCAAGAAGGAAUAGGAAAAAUGGUGUUUGUAUGGCACGGAGCUUCAUUUGAGGUGACAGGAGGCUGAAGAGGAGCAGCCACAGGGGACUGUGGAGGGAACAGAGGAGGAGAACGCGGGGCUGUUCGCUGAGAGCAGGAGUAGGAGGAGAAAGGCAACGUGAGGGAAGCAGCAGCAGGAGAGCACCAUGAGAUUCCCAGUAUGAAGGAGCCGGAACAUUCAGCUGGAGGGAUGCUGCUCCUGCUGCUGUUCUACAUUCGAGUCAAAGAAUCGAUCUACCGACGGGGGGCCAGAAGAUGGAGGAAGCUCUACCGAGUGAACGGACAUCUCUUCCAGGCCAAACGCUUUAACAGGAAAGCCUACUGUGCCCACUGUAGUGACAGGAUAUGGGGGCUGGGCAGUCAGGGCUACAAGUGUAUCACCUGCAAACUGCUGGUCCAUAAGCGCUGUCACAGACUCAUCCCUCAGACCUGCCAAAGGCUUAUGGAUCCAGUCAUGCCAUCACAGAAGCCCCCUUCAGAUGCCCAGAGUGCCGAGGUGGACCUUCCACUGGAUGACACAGAGGACACAGAUGGGAUACCGUUUUUACCACACAACUGUGCAGUGAAUAAAGCAGAAGACGAGACAGAGGAUAUCAAAGCAGUAGUUGAUGGCAUCGAUGGCAUUAAGAUAUCCCAGGGACUGGCUCUCGGGCUGGCUGACUUUGACCUGAUUCGAGUAAUAGGACGAGGCAGCUAUGCCAAAGUUCUGCUGGUGCGGCUAAAGAAGAACGAGCAGAUGUACGCCAUGAAGGUGGUGAAAAAGGAGCUGGUCCAUGACGACGAGGAUAUUGACUGGGUGCAGACAGAGAAGCAUGUUUUUGAGCAGGCCUCGACCAAUCCCUUCUUAGUCGGCCUCCACUCCUGUUUCCAGACAGAAAGUCGGUUAUUUCUAGUGAUCGAGUAUGUGAACGGUGGGGAUUUGAUGUUUCAUAUGCAACGACAAAGGAAGCUCCCGGAAGAGCACGCAAGAUUCUAUGCUGCUGAAAUCUGCAUCGCUUUGAACUUCCUACAUGAAAAGGGCAUCAUCUACCGUGAUCUGAAGCUGGACAACGUGCUCUUGGACCACGAGGGACACAUCAAGCUCACAGACUACGGCAUGUGCAAGGAGGGGAUCAGACCAGGUGAUACCACCAGUACUUUCUGUGGCACUCCAAACUACAUAGCGCCUGAGAUCCUGAGAGGAGAAGACUAUGGCUUCAGCGUGGACUGGUGGGCUUUGGGCGUGCUGAUGUUUGAGAUGAUGGCUGGAAGGUCCCCGUUCGACAUCAUCACUGACAAUCCUGACAUGAACACAGAGGAGUACCUCUUUCAGGUUAUUCUCGAGAAGCCCAUUCGGAUCCCAAGGUCUCUGUCGGUGAAAGCUGCCGGCGUGCUCAAGGGCUUUCUAAACAAGGAUCCCAAGGAGCGGCUGGGUUGUCAGGUCCAGACAGGCUUCACAGACAUCAAGUCCCACACGUUUUUCCGCAGUAUAGACUGGGAACAGCUGGAGAAGAAAGAAGUGACGCCGCCCUUCAAACCUCAAAUCUCUGAUGAGUACGGCCUAGAAAACUUUGACACGCAGUUUACUAAUGAACCAGUGCAGCUAACACCAGACGAUGAGGACGUCAUCAAGAGAAUAGACCAGUCCGAGUUUGAGGGAUUUGAAUACAUCAACCCCCUGCUGCUAGCCACAGAAGAGUCUGUAUGAAGGAGAAACCAGCGUCCUCCUCCGAGCUGCUGUUCAAAAACAGAAACAAACAAACAAACUUGCAAGCCAACUCAACUCAGAAAGGCGACAACAAGGAGGAAGUUCCCCCUGGACCUGUCCACAAGGCAAACGGGAGGAGGGAGAGUUUUUCCCUGGGGAGCCGGACGCCGGACUACAGGAACAUUCCCUGACUUUAUGCGGUCUUCUCCUUUUCUUUGUUUGGUCCUGUUGUCCCUGUCAGUCCAUCCUCGUGUCAGAGCAGGACUGGCUGUGUGAGCGUUUCAUUCUGUGCCUGCCACCAUCAACACGUUUCAGCCCAUCUCACGCCCUGGAUGAAUACGACGGCUCUGCGGAACAACUUUAAAUAAUUUUAUGUGCAAUUUUUUUAUUCUUCUUUUUUUUUUUUCUAUCUUGGUAGGGGGGCCAUGCCUCACACACACAAGAAUGUACAAUGACAAAGGAGAAAAUGUUGUUAUUGUGUAUUAUGAUGUAGCUAGUGAAUCCAAAAUUGAUGAUGCCUUUUAUUGAUGCAAGCGGCACAUGUUCCUCCAUAACCACAAACUUUUCUUUGUGUUCUGUUGUUUUCACAAACAAGGGGGUGACAACUUUUUAUUUAAGAAGUGCCUCAAAGAUCAAAUGAUUUCCCGUGUCUCUGACUGCACCUCUAUCUGUUCACCUGUUACGGCUGCAGCAGGUAACGCAGCUGAAACUCUGCCAGGGUAUGUCCGAACUCUCGUCCAGCGUAUGGAGCUCGCUAAGCUGCCUCAGUCCCCACACACAAACAAACCUUCUUAUUUUUAACGAAUCGUUCAAAUAAUCAACAUUUCCUGUGAAUGUGUAAUUGACACAAGCAGCUGGGAGGAGACCUGACCUCUUUCCUUACACAUGUGUAAUUGUAAUAUUUCCCAGUGAAGGUCCGCGUUAUCGUCACAUAGGUGAGGAGCAGCAGACAGACUUGGCCCAUGCCUGCUGUCAGACGUUGGCUUCAGCUUCCACAGUAAAUGCAGCUUUGGGUUCCUCCUCACCAGGUGCUGCUGCGUGACCAUCUGUGUGACCUGCUGGGGGAAACUGGUCACCGUUUCCUUUAUGUGCUCACUGUGUGGUUCCAUGUCUACAGUGACCUGCUGCAACGACAGCUGGAAAUCUGUUUGCAAGUCUAAAUGAAAUGGGAGAACAGCAGAAAAGCCAUGAGAGCUUUUCCGUGGUGUUCACAGACAUUAGUGGGUCUUCCCUGUGUGGGGGAACAAAGCUUUUUUGGGUUAAAUUCCAGGUGUGUUACUUUGGAGUUUCUCUCGACGCCCAGUCAGUCUCAGCAAAGGCCGCCCUCCCUGAGCCUGGUUCUGGCAGAGGUCUGUUCCCAUUAAACAGGCGUUCUUCCUCCCUACUGUUGCCAAGCUCUGUUUAUAGAGGAUCAUCUGAUUGUUGAGGACUAUGCCUACAGUACUAGAGAUACUGUAAAAAAAGUGCCCUGAGACAACUGCUGGGGCGCUAAAGAAAGAAAAGUGGGUCAUUCCCAGUCUCAGCUGGAAUGUUCUGGAUGAGUGUUAGUCAGGGGUUGGAGGAUUAGGUCACUAUUAUAAUUCAUGCCCUCCAUCAUGCAGCUGCUGGUGCACAACAGCUAUAAAACCAGUACGAAGCCAUGAGUUUGUCUUUACUAUAUAAUGAAGUUUUCAGGACACUUUAAGUCUGUAUACUGCCUCCUUUUAUACACAGCAAGCAACAUAUCAGUACCUAACUGAAGCUUUGAUGUUUUAAUGCUGGGACAUCAGUGAGCACACAUUCAUGUCUCCAACACAACUCAGUGCUUCUGAUGCAAGCUGUGUGUAUCUGCAUACAUGUUCUUCUGAGGGAGGAGAAGCUCUCAGUUAGCUGUUUGUGAUUAAACUUGACCCACGCUAAUUUAAUACCCUCAUAAUAGGAUUAAUUAGCUGAUCAGUCACAGGGCCUCAAUUAGCUGCAGGCCCUGUACAGGCAGGGAGACGGCGUAAUGAAGUUCCAGUCACAAUGAAAAUACACACCUCUAAUUUAAAGAAGCAUCCUCCUCCUCCAACCCCGACACUCCAUCUCACAGACUGUAUUUUAUUACCUGCACACAGGUGAUACAUUAGUGAUGCUGUUUUUCCCCUUAAGGGACCAAUGGAUAAACUGGAAGCUCUUGACUCCACCUUACAGAACAUGAAGGCCGCUCAAACCCCAUGAAGGAUUAUUGAACUACAGUUCUGCUUUUACAUAAUGCUGGCCAGGUCUGCUUCAUUUAGCUUCAUCGCAUCUUUGUAAAUAUGUGUAAUUAUUAAAAAUCAAACUGGUUUUCUGUGAA